GAUGUCUCUCUCCCAGUUCAACGUCAGUGUUGUUUUUGCUCCCUAACGAAUACUAUGGGAAGACAGAGAAGCCUCAAGCUGUUUUGAAGAUUGUGCAACGAUGCUUGGGAGCCUACCUGCUUUUGCUUGAGUGCUUUCUUCCCUCACAUUUCACAGGAUGCAACACGAAGGGAAAUACAACCGAAUCCGACGGCCCUGGUAAUUGGACUCGAAUCCUUCGUAUGCCCUGGGGGUGAGUUAAUUCGUUCAGCUGAGGCGAUUUCACGCCAGAAUGCAGUCUCCGAACAACGAUGAUUGCGCUGCCUGCGCCGCGCAAAUGCAUGGUGCCUGCCUGGCAGAUCGACUGCUGCGACAAAGAGCCAUGAGCCACUCCAGACACAUGGGCAAGAUAAGGAAAAGGCUGGAGGAUAUCAAGAACCAGUCCCCGAAGCCGACAAAAGCGGAUUUCAGCCACAAUGAAAGCAUAAGGUUGGCCACCGACGCCUUCCUGGACGGUGGGACAGACUCUUACCUUGAAACUUUAAGCAAAGAAGGCGAGGUGGAUUUCCUCUCCUCGGUGGAGGCUCAGUACAUCAAGGAUAAUGCCAGGGAGUCCUAUUAUGCGCAGGAGUCCCUGGCUGCUGACGGGGCAACUGCACCAAAGCAGAAUGAUACCGGGUCACUCCCUUCAGGGACCUACUUCCCCACCAUUUCUGACAGCAGUGAGCCAGCUCUGCUGCACACGUGGAUUACAGCCGAGAAGCCCUAUUUAAAGGAAAAAUCCACUGCUACUGUGUAUUUCCAAACAGAGAAGAACAGCAACAUUAGAGACAUCAUACGCCGGUACAUCAACAAGACCACUCAGGUGCUAGCUAUCGUGAUGGAUGUGUUCACAGACACUGAGAUUCUUUGUGACCUCCUGGAGGCAGCUAACAAGCGCAUGGUGUUUGUCUACCUGUUACUCGAUCAUGGCAAUAUAAAUCUCUUCUCGGAGAUGUGCGACAAGUUGCAAAUUGCCGAGGAUCUCUUCAAGAAUAUUUCAGUCCGCAGUGUUACUGGAGAGGUUUACUGUGCCAAAUCAGGCAGGAAAUUUUCAGGACAAAUACAGGAAAAAUUUCUUAUCUCUGACUGGAGAUACGUGCUCUCUGGAUCUUACAGCUUCACAUGGUUAUGCGGCCAGGUUCACCGUAACCUCCUCUCCAAGUUCACGGGUCAAGUUGUGGAGCUGUUUGAUGAAGAGUUCCGACACCUUUACGCACUGUCCAAGCCAGUGAGGGGACCAAAGUCUCCACCACGUACCAUGCCCUUCCUGUUCAGCAAGAGCUGGGCCCCCCAGCGCAGCCUUCCCUACAGCAACGAGGAAAGCGCUAACACUCUUUCCGAUCCCUUCAGCAGCCUCUCAGCCGGCAGCACCCACCAGACCAAGCAAACCCCAAGAACUCUCAUAUUCAGCAGCAACUUCAGCCCCCAGUCACCUCUCCAUAGAGUUAAUUCCUUCCACAGCUAUGUCUCAUUCACAGCCCCACCACCACAGAAGGCCAUCCAGGCUAACUACUACCAGCCGCACUACGUGGCCGAUAACUCCGCAAUUCUGUACAACAACAUGAACAUUUACAGACCUAUAAGACUUAGACAAGAGGAACCAAACAGGACAGGGUUAAGCUCACCCUGGAGAUGCCUCCACAAAGCUAACCUGUUUGCAUAAUAACCACCUUGUUUUGAAUUGCAAGUAAAUGUAGUGAGGACCUGUUUAGCAAUCGCUUGUGUACUGAUGAAUAUAGAAAUUCUGUAUAAUACAAAAUGAGGAUGAUUUCAAGCCUCUUGUUUUGUUUUGCUGCUUAUGGAUGCUUCGUUUCCCUAAUUAAAAAGCCAAGCCUGCUAACAUGUAAACCUUGGGUGCAUCAUGAUCCCAGGAAGAACGCAUCUAAAUAAUGCUGCUCACAGUGCAACACUGCUGCUACCUAUCACCUGCCCUUGGUAGCAUAUUCGUGUAGCAGUAGAUUUAGGUGGCUAACUGUUUUUCAUAUGGCCAGGCACCUGAAAGUGGGGUAAGUCACAGUUUAUUACUAUGCAUUUUAUGCACUUGCAUAAGGGGACUGAAGGCUGCUAUUUAUGUGCCAAACCGAGGCAAUGCUGGCAGCAGCAGUCUACCUUCAUGCUGUUAUCGCACCUUAAUCGUGAUUUAGGAGGACUCCUUUAGGGCUGACGGGGAAGCACAGUUUCUGCCACUGCACUGUCUCAGAGCUGUCUGCUUGAGGUGCACAGCAAGGACGUCUGUUCCCAAGGUUUCUCGGAAGGGACCUGCUAACCAUGACAUGGACCGAGACCGACAAUUCAGGUUACGGAGGACAUCUUGCAGCCGCCGUAUGCUCACUUCCACUCAUUAGCGACAUGGGUGCAUUCCAGCACACUUUGUUACAAACCUCCGAUCCACCAGCUCAGAGCAAUUUUCCUUACUGCAGAGCAGCCGUGUAGAUUCAGACUGGAAAAUGAAGCUGAGUAAAGAAGCAAAGUCCUACUAGUAACACACCAGGACUGAGUUCCAAUUCAUUUAAUAGCAUGUGGAUCUUAGAAAUUCUCUCAGUGGACAUUUGAUUGAAUGUUAAGUUAGAGAUAACGAUGCUGUAUUUCAGAAGUAUUUCAGAGUUCUUCAAGGUUUCUAAUUUUUAAAGAGAAACUCGGUGUCUGUAGUGGCUGUCGAAUACAGUUACAGAAGGAGUUACGGAGGUUCAGCAGCUUGAACCAAAACAGAAAGACUUUCUGCCAAAUAAUCCAUGAAAACGAAGGAAAGUUCCGUAAGCGAAAGGCAAAAAUUACUAAGAAAAUUCACGAAAUGAAGGAUUUCCAUCCAAAUCCCAAAGUUACUAGAUGCCUAACAUCUACUGAUUUAUCAUUAGAUUAUUUUUUUACACCUGCUUUAUAUCAUCUUUCAUCUGACGCCAACAGAAAACAGAAAUCUAAACACAUCUGCUCAUCUGGCCCAUUUUGCCUGACUUCUCACCUGCUCUAAAAGGAAUACAAUUGAAUUAUUUAGGCUGUGGAUUAUAAAAAUUGUAUACAGUAGCAAGAUCUCAGGUGAGGAAAGCUUCUCAUCCUUGGAAGAGCUAUCAUUUUGAAAGUAUACUGGUAAAGUUUACAGAACAUUGUGAAAGGUACAGGAUGGACACAUCCUGCUCUAGCUUUGGUGUGGCCGUUUUUACCUGCGAUCCCAAAUUUUGAGUCCACAAUAACAAUAAACUGUUACAUAUAAUUGUAAAUUCUGUACAUAGCGACAUUUUUCGGAUUCCUUGGGAAGAAGGGAAAGAUGAUUUUCAUUCCUAUGACAAUUCUACUUAAUUAUCUAAAUAUGGCAACCAUUCAAAUAAAAGAGAAGACUUUCA